GUCCAGACUGUCUGAAGACGAAGAUGUCUGAACUUCGUCUGUACUGUGACCUCCUCGUCCAACAGGUCCAAACUAUCCAAUCGCAGCACACUGCAGACACAGAGGAGGCGCCCACUUCUGAGGCGUCUCUCCUCAGUGCAACCUGUGCAACUUUCAUCAGGACUUUGGAGGAGUGUAUGACCCUUGCCAACCAGAGUUUGACCCCUGAACUCCGACCUCCUGAAAGGAUGAAAAGGUCAAUCAGUCACCCAGGAACAUACAGCUUUGACAGGUCAGGUGUGCUUAAGGAGUACUUGAGUGGAGGUCAACGGUCAACUCAGCGCAGGAACCGGACGUGCUCCGACAGCUCUGUUUAUGAUGCUGAAC